AUGGCGAUUCGCCGUUCCGCGCGCAUUCGUCGCGCCCAAGAGUCUCCGGAGGUUGAAGACCCUACCCCUCAACAACCCCAGCAAACUACGGCUUCCAGACUUGCCUCCGUUGCCGAAGGGGAAGAGACUGCCAACCAUAAUCUUCCCCAUGUUCAGACCCCAGUCGCGCAGACACCAUCUCAAAAGACUCCCAACGCGUCUGCUCAAAAGAAAUCCGCGACCGCGCAAACUCCAACUAGUGCGACAGCGGCUCGUCCACCUCGAGAAGAAAUGCAUCCCAGCAAGGUGCACCAAAGCACGACCAAACGCGCGGACUCGGGGCUGAUCCUUGGAUUCAACCCCGUCAAGAAGGAUGCUGAUGGCAAAGUUGUCAAGCAAGGCGUAAUUGACAACACACCUACCAAAUCCAAGGCAUCUCCCGCGACUACCCAAUUUGGAAAUCCAGGAUUCGAAUUCAAGUUCUCCUCCGAAGAAAACGAUCUCAGCGACCAGGCCAAGAAACUCAUGGAAAGUGUCCGUGGCGACGUAGCCCGAAUCAAGGCCCAGAUGAUUCACGACAAAUCAAAGCAAGAUCAUGAAGAGCACGGAGAUCGGAAGAUUGCCAUGCCGAAGGGCAGGGCUGGCCGUUUCAGCGAUGUGCACAUGGCCGAAUUUAAGAAGAUGGACUCGAUUGCUGGACACGCUUCGGCAUUCCGCGCUACUCCUGGUCGCUUCCAGCCUGUUACCAAGACCCUCAAGCGAUCUAAAUCCAAAGCGCAGCUUGACGAGCCGGAGAGCCAAAACUCAUCUCCCUCUCGGCCUGCCGCAAAGAACUCGGCUUUGCCUGCUCCUACUCCUGCCGCUACCGCUAAGCGUGUGAAGCACAACAAAACCGGAGAUAUCUCAUCUCGUGGAUCAGUGAAACCUGCGGAGAAGACUGUGGAGAAACCUGAGACGCCUCGCAGACCCGCGGGUCCACGCCCUCGCCCAGGUGUUCGCAACUCACUCAUGACCCCCACCCGUGCUUCCCUCGCUCGCUCAACUGCUACCAGUAUCAAGGCGCCGAAGACUUCCAUGAUCCCAUCGUUGAAAUUCUCCCCGGUUGCUAAAACGAUUGCCUCGCCACGAACACCUCGUACCGAUUUCAACCCACGCCUCAAGGGCAAAUUGCCAACCCUCAGCAACCUUCGAUCUAUUCUUCGCCGGCGUCAGCCUCUCUUCUCUCGUGAUCCUGCCAAGAUUGCAUCUGGCACCCAUGUUGCUGCACCUGAUUUUAAACCCAACACGCUCUUUGGGGGCUCCACUGUUGACCUGACUGACUCCGCUCCAACGCCUUCGCCAAAGAAGCAUGUUGAGUUUACUCCAAGUGUCAAAUCCCGUCAGGAGCUUGCUCAGGCGUCUCCCACGCCCUCCAAGACCCCCUUCGUCAAGCAACGGUCUACUUCCACCGAUGUGUUCUAUCCGAUCCUCCCUACUCUCACGCCAGAGAAGAAUUCUGCUAUCUCGGCUGCCGCUGUUGAUUCCCCCAGCAUCUCAUCCAUCCGUCGCGUGCGCCCCUCGAACGCUGUGGAACAGACUGCUUCGUAUCCUGAAAUUCCUGUGAUUGCUCACGGAAUUGCUCACGGAAUCGGCAACAAGAAAAGGCAUCGUAGCGAGGUCGAUGACACUUCCAACGCCGAAAACACCGAGAACGUCCCACCGGCUGAUGCGCACACCGACGAGCGCAGCACCAAGAGACUAAAGUCAAACCCACCCACUCCGAGCCCAGUGAAGCCAAGCCCAGCGAAGCGCAUCAUCAAGACCCCAGUGCGGCCUUCUACCGGAAAGGCUGGCACCCCUGCCAGCACGAGACAAAAGAACCGCGGUGUCCUCAGCAUGAGCCGUCUCAACAUGCUAUCCAAGCCAAAGGGGCACGCCUAA